AUGUCUGGGCAUAAAUAUUUCACAAAUCCGAACAACCUAUUCGAAAAUGACGACGUCGAUGAUAACGAAUUUGUAGAUCGCUUCCGGUCAAGAAUACCUCAAACACAGCAAGCAAAUAAGCCUUAUGGAGGUCAUAUUGCAGAACUGGAACGUCAACGCCAAGCUAUGAUCCAAACACAAAGAGAAAUCGAACAACGGACAAUAGAUUCAUCAACGAGAAGUAUCGGAUUGCUUCGUGAUUCUGAACAAAUUGGUAUUGCAACGGCCGAAGAGCUUUCCCGACAACGUGAACAGCUACAGAACACAGACAGGCGACUUGAUGAGAUUAACACCAAUUUAAACUAUAGUCAAAAACAUUUAAAUGGUAUAAAGUCUGUAUUUUAUGGUCUGAAGAAUUAUAUUUCCGGAAAAAGUGAUCAAACACCAUCUAAAAGUCCAGCGACCUCGAAUGUACGUAAUGCUGGUACAAGUAGUAGCAGGCUUGAUGAAACCCUAGAUAAUAUGUCUAGGAACGUUGAAGAUCGCUUUGAGAGUCAUCCCUCAGCACGCCUACAUGGUUUGUCUCAAGAAAGCGCUAAGAGUCCUGAAACAGAAAACGAGAGAGUAAAUAAUAUACUUGAUUCGAACUUGGAUGAAAUGGUGCAUGCUAUAUCCCGGCUCAAACAUCUAGGAGUUGCACUUGGUGAAGAGAUAGAACAGCAAAACAACCUCGUGGAUACUAUUCAAGACAAAGUUGAGAUUGCAGAUAUCAAGAUUGGUAAACAAAAUAAACAAAUGAAUAAACUACUUGGGAAAUAGCAAUAAUUAUAGCAAAUUAAAGAUUUAUUUUAAACAACAACUAAAAGGGUCUAUUAAUCUAUUAAAUGUAUCUGUUUAUAAAGAUUUAGCAUGUUUUUAAUGUGAGUGGUUUGCAAAAUUCAGUAGUGUAAUCAUUUUGUGUGAUAAGGAAUACUAAUGUAUGGCAAAGUUUGAUAAGAUUAUUUUUUAUUUGAAUCACAUGACCAGCAGCAAUUUGAUAAACAACAUGGUGUAAAAAGGGGAUUUCAUAGUAAAGGAAAAAUCCAUAUAUAAUAAACCUACUAGUAAUGUAAAUUGUCUGAAAGGCUUCUUACUGCAUACUAAUGCUCUAUACAUUCGUCACCACUGCUGAGCUGACUGGCAUUUUUAUAAAGCUUCAUAGUAUGUAAUAAUGGUUCUUGUGUGAUACUGUCCAUUGUUAGCUGAUCAUGUACACUUAGUUACAUCUAAUAAAAUGGUGUAUGAUUCAUAUUAUUUAGGUAAACCUUUUCUGUAUCAUAUUCGAUCAUCAUAACCUUCAUUCAUUCUUCAUAACUUUAUUGUGCACAGUAUAUAGUAAAAAAAAUUAUCUUGUAAUCUUUAAAUAAAUGUGUUAUCUUUUUGGCUAGCAACUUAUCAUGACAAAUUUCUUCUAUUUGUUUCUAAUUGUUGUUCAUGCAAUUAGAGACAGUUACAGUAUAAUAGCUAGGUUUCACUAUUUUAAGAUAAAGUUUUAAGUACACUUAAAUAUAUAUAAAUAAGACUUGUGUGCAAAUAAAACAAUAUUAGGGCAAAACAACCAAUAUAAGGUGAGUACUUACUUUAAGUACCUAUGUUCUAUUAACUAAUCCAAAUUUUAAAUGGGUGAAAGUUCCAGACACCUCAUCAUGAAUUAUGUUCUUGCAUCAUAAAGUAAGGUACAUACAUACUAAUAUUGUUAUCAAUGAGUUAAUGUUUGCCAUUAACAAUAAUUUCAUUUAUAUCCAAGAACCUAGCGAUAAGUGUAAACAGUCAUUAUUAUUAUAUAUACUUAUUUUAUAUUGUUUCCAUUAAUAAAUAUAUUUCAAAUCACAAA